AUGAAAUAACUUUCGAGGAGCAGAUACCUCGCAAACACCACGCAAGUUUUACCAGUGAAGAAAGCCCGCCUCUGAAAGAGGGUGUGCCUGCCUGGCAAAUAAGUUUCGCUGCUGUCCAAAUGGCCAAUAAACAUUACAUUGUUAAUCAACAGGUUUGCCGAGAAAUGGACGGACCAUUUGGAUAUACAAGCUUUCAUAUGUGAGGUUAGACCAGGGACACCGGUUUCAUUCUGUAGUGUGUCAUGAUGUGUUUGUUAUGUAGAUAUGUGUUAGUGUCAUAUAAAUAAUAUGACGAAGUUGUCAUAAAAUCGAACAGUGUUUAGACAGAGGGGACUCGAUUUCUGGAGGACACGAGCAAUCCUGGAUGGACUACUGACGACAGUCUGAACCAGUAACUUGGACUUUACAAGACCUAAAGGAGAGAGACUCGUAACUGAUCAGAACACAUUGAGAGAUGCAGACGUUCGUGAAAGGAAAAAGAGUUGGAUACUGGCUCAGCGAGAAGAAGAUUAAAAAACUCAGUUUCCAGACCUUCGUGGAAAUGUGCAGGAAACAAGGCAUAGAGAUGAUCCAGCUGGAUCUGAGCCAACCAAUAGAGAAGCAGGGUCCAUUUGAUGUCAUCAUCCACAAGCUGACUGACCACAUUGUUGAUGCUGACCAAAAUGUCACAGAGUCUCUGCUACUUGUUCAGCGUGUCCAGGACUACAUAGAUGCUCAUCCUGAAACAGUGAUUCUUGACCCUCUUCCAGCCAUUCGUACCCUGCUGGACCGCUGCAAGUCAUGCAAGCUAAUCCAUAAACUUGAAGAAUGCAUGCAAGAUGACAGAAUCUGCUCACCUCCGUUCAUGGUCCUCAAGAGUGAAUGUGGCACUGAGACUCUGGAGCAGCUUCAGAAACAUGGAAUCACAUUUCCCUUCAUCUGCAAAACCCAGGUAGCACAUGGCAUCAACUCCCAUGAGAUGGCCAUCAUCUUCAGUGAGGAAGAUCUGAACGACAUCAAGCCCCCAUGUGUCAUCCAGAGCUUUAUCAACCAUAACGCAGUGCUGUAUAAGGUUUUUGUAGUGGGAGAGGCAUACAGUGUGGUGCAGCGGCCCUCUAUUAGAAAUUUCCCAUCUGGACCCACAGACAGGAGAGCAAUAUCUUUCAACAGUCAUCAUGUGUCCAAACCAGAGUCCUCUUCUGACCUGACCUGCAGGGACAGCAUGGAGGGCCAGUACCGGGAGCCCAGCAAUGAUGUCAUUCAGAAAAUUUCCAGAAGGUUACGACAGGCCCUUGGUAUUUCUCUGUUUGGGAUUGACAUCAUCAUCAACAACCAGACCGGCCAGCACGCCGUCAUCGACAUCAACGCAUUCCCAGGUUAUGAGGGAGUCCCAGAGUUUUUCGAUGGCCUGUUGAGUCAUAUCACCAGCGUCCUGCAAGGUCAGGUUUCAAACGGAGCGGCGUGCGGUCAUCCGAGAGUGAAUGGGAUAGCACAGAGCCCAUCUGUGGCCUGCGGGAUGCACUGUGGCAUGCUGGGAAGCGAAAGCAGUUGGUUGAUGGACAGCGAGGGGAUAAAGAAGGGUCCCCAUCAGGGACUGAGUUGUGGCGGCACUUGCAUGGCUCCAAACUUUCACCACCACAGCAGAUCCAGUUUAGCAGCGGAGACAUCCUCGCAGUGACACAGAGAGCCAAUGCAAUAGAAUAUUUCAUUACUGUUCACAAAACAAAUGAACGCUUAUCAAAGGGUAGGUGUGUAGAAAAUUCCUUUGUGCCAAAUGUGAAUUGUGUAGAAUAUGAUUGAAUGUGUAUUGAUUGUGUACUCAUUUAUUUAAUUUCCUAUUUGGAAAGGGUGACCUGAUCUUGGAAAUGUACAUGAUUAGAUUUUUUUUAUGAAUGUUGGACUGAACUUGAUUCGCAGAACAAGGGGUUCAUGGGAGGAACUAAAAAUAUUGUUGAUAUUAAUAUACUGAUGAGUUACUUGAAAGGAAAAUAGGUGUCAUGAUUUGGGUGUAAGACAUUGCACUAUUUAAAUAAGUGUCCAGCUGGCACUAAGGCCUCUCUGCUUGCCGCGUAUCAUAAAUACUGGCUGAAUGAGAGAGCUUGAAGACCUUUAAUGCUGUCUGAAGCAAUCUGCUGGUAUUUAAUCUCUUAAAACAUAGCAAGGGCAGCUCUGCUUGCUUUUUUAAAAAGACUGAAGAGUAAGAUUUUUUAAGGCUUAUCAUUUCAUAUCUGAAUGGUCUGAAAACCUUGUAAGCAUCUGGCAGGUGCUUAUGAGAUUGUAUGGGGUUAUGCAUUGCAUUGAUUGAAAAAGAAAAUUAACAAACUUCACCCAAUAAAAGUUAACCCAAAAAUUAAAUUCAUGUCUUUAGAAAUCUGUAUGACAAUCUUUCUUCUGUGGAACACUAAAGAAGAUAUGAAAAAUGUUUCAGUUGUUUUUGUUGACAAUGAAAGUCAUUUUUCAAUAUCAUUUUUUAUGUUUCACAGAGAAACUAAAUUCACACAGGUUUGGAAAGACAUGAAGGUGAGCAAAUGAUAACAGAAUUUGCAUUUUGGGUGAAUUAUCUUUGCAGUAUGAUUGAUAAAUGUUAAACUUGCCGUUCUGACAGUGUAAUUUGUUUGUUAGUCUGUUUUUUGCCAAUUACGUUAUACUUGAACAUGAUGUAUACUUUGUAAAUAUGUUAAUUUUCUUUCUUUUGGAGACAGAAAAAAAGCCUCUAAAAACAUUAAAGAAUGAAACGGACAAUAAAACCAAACUUAAGCUAUGAGAA